GCUCCGGGGUCGGGGUCAUGCGGGCGGCCAUGGAGGGCUCCGGUGAGGAGGAUCCGGCGGCCGAGGGGACCUUGCAGCAGGUGGUGAAGCGGCAGCGCAAGGAGAAGCGGGAGCUGCAGGCAAAAAUUCAAGGCAUGAAAAAUGCAGUUCCCAAGAAUGAUAAAAAGAGGCGAAAACAGCUGUCUGAUGAAGUUGCCAAGCUAGAGGCAGAACUUGAGCAGAAGCACAAGGAAGAAUUAAAGCAGCUGAAGGAAGCUUCACCUGAGCAGAAUAAGACAGAUUCUGUAGCUGAUGGGGUUGCAAAUUUAGAGCUUGAAGGAGUAGAGCAGCAGGUUCAUCAUCAUCGAAUAUCAAAAGCACAGAAGAGACGGGAAAAAAAAGCUGCCUUGGAGAAAGAAAGAGAAGAAAGGAUAGCUGAAGCUGAGAUCGAAAACUUAACAGGUGCUAGACAUCUUGAAAGUCAGAAACUUGCCACCCUGUUGGCUGCAAGACACUUGGAGAUCAAACAGAUCCCUUCAGAUGGGCAUUGCAUGUACAGAGCUAUUGAAGAUCAGCUCAAAGAUUGCCAGAAUUCUUGGACUGUUCCAACUCUCAGGCACCAAACAGCAAAGUAUAUGCAAAGUCACUUUGAUGACUUCUUGCCAUUUCUUACAAACCCUAAUACUGGAGACAUGUAUAGCAGAGAGGAAUUUGAAAAAUACUGUGAUGAUAUAGCAAAUACAGCUGCCUGGGGUGGUCAGCUUGAACUAAGGGCUUUGUCACACAUUUUACAAACACCUAUCGAAGUAGUGCAAAUGGAUUCCCCUCCCAUCAUUGUUGGUGAAGAAUAUUCAGGCAAACCAAUAAUACUGGUGUAUAUGAGACAUGCUUAUGGAUUAGGAGAACAUUACAAUUCUGUAAAAAUUCUAACGGACACUGCUACAGAAAAUGGCAGCUAGCAUACAAAAGUCAUAAAUCCACAUGGAUAACAGUUGCAUCUUAAAGUGUUGGGCUCCAAACAAAUCCCAGACAGACUGCAAAGUAAAAUUAAAUGGAAUGAAUUAAAAAUGAAAAAGAGACAUACAAGGUCUGAUGAUAAAUCAGGAGUAACUCUUGAUUUACAAACAAAACCAAAACUGCACAGCAGUAUCUUGAACUUGUUGGUUUUAAUCAUGUUUAGAAGAUCUUCACUGAAGUGGUGGCUGUGUAGAUCAGAGGGCAUUUUUUAAGAGAUUCAUCCCAUGCUGCAGGGAAAAUGCCGACUAGUAAAUGUUUUGGUUGAUCUGCAUUUCUGAUGAAGAAUUAAGUUACCUGAAUGUUCCUGUUAUAAUAAUCUGGCAGAUUUUGAUCAUGGAAGAGUUAAGCCAUUUAAAUUUUUUAUUGUAUCCUCUUUUGAUUGACAGAAUAUCCUCUGUGGUGUUUCUUUACUUCUUUCAGGGUCUAGAUUUAAAUGCUGUAGUAGGGAUCCCCUUUCUCAUACAGGCAGAGAAGAGCUGGAGGCAAAUCCAGUAGUUGAACAACUUGCUUGGCUGAAAGAAUUGCACACUUUUUAUUUUAAAGACUUUAAUAUUUUUACCAAGGUGUGAGAACUUCAUUUUUUUUUGUUCCCAGUUGACAGUUGGAACAUAAGCAUUGAUGCUGUUCCUGGUACUGAAUCUACAGAAGAGCAUAGUUGUUUAUGACUGUACAUCAUAAGCCUGAUGAAAGUUAACUGUGCUGUACAUCUUUUCCAGUCUUUCAUCUCUGCACUUUGAUGAUACAGAAAUUUUGCACACAAAAGGCUCCUCAGUGUCUUCACUUCAGGUAGUGAAAUUUACCUGAAUGCAGUACUUAUAGAUCUGCUAAUCUAACCACUUCAUGAUCUAUAAAGUGUGACAUCUUAGAAUGCUUUAAAGAGCUGGAUGCAUACAGAUGUAAAAAUAACCACCUUAGGUUUUGUCAGUAACUUGAAAGGUGAUUUACAGAAAAAUUAAUCUGGAUUUUUUGUUGCUCGUUAUGACACAUAGAGACUUGAAAGGUGGGUUUUUUAACAGGGUUUGAUUUUUUUUUUCACAUUAGAAAUGUAGAUUUUUCUCUUUAAGUCGCUGUGAAUGUGACUCCAAAACUAACAGCAUACCGAAACCAAAGUUGUACUGCAUUUUUAAUUUAUUUUUUUUAAAGCCAUUGCCAAUAACUUACCAGUUGUCUUUAUUUUAGUGCUGAUGAGAUGCUUUGAAGAAAAGCGGUUUAUGUCAAGUUUAAAUACCCUUGCUCUGAUCUGAGGUUUAUGAGCUAACUGCACAUCCUGUAUUCCUUCAGUAUAGCUAGCCAGCAGAUUGACAUUCCUGGGAUUUACAAAUUAGAAAGAAAGAUCUGCUUUUGCUUAAGAAGAAGGAGAUAAGUGUUCACUUUAUGGAUCAGAUUAUGUUUGAUUUAAAGCACUUUGAGAGAGAGGGAGGGGAAAAACCACAAAUAUAGCAGGGGGUUUUGGACAAACUGAAUUAUGAAUUUGAAUUAUGACUUCUUCAAGCUGGUGUGUGCCAGGAAAACAAAGUAUUAACCAGAUUAGGAGUUUUUACAUCUUUAUUUAUCUGAUAUGGUAUGGCAAAUAUAGCCAUAUUUAUAGCAACUGUAGGAUUUGGUUUACUACCUUGAAUGUAUAAAACAAUAUUUUUAAUUUGAAACCAAAAAUUGGAUGCAACAGCAUGGAAAGAAAAGUGUUUCUGUUCAUUAAUAACACUAUGAAUUUUGCUUAAAAUAAUAAUCAGAAAUACUGUCCUAUGUUGCUUAGAAUUGACAUGACAUGAAAUGCACAUGUGAAAAAAAGUUCUUUGGUUUGCUGAGUUUUCAUUCUUGUUUGAUGAACUGUCAGAGAAAAUAUGCCAGGAUCAUGGAACACCUGUACCAACAGUUUGUCCUGUUGAAGAUGUUUACAAUUUGUAUAAAUUGGAAUAAUGUUUUAAUGCAGUGGCUGAAAGAUCCUUGCUCAUGCUGUAUGGGAUUUGCAAAAAAA